UCAACGCGCGCGUCUCUGACGUAAUUUAUGCGCGACUCUUGUUUUCGGUGAGUUUGAGGGUUUUUCUGAACUAUGCCUAAAGUUGUGUCCCGAUCUGUUGUCUGCUCCGACACCCGGGACCGGGAGGAAUAUGACGACGGCGAGAAGCCCCUCCAUGUCUACUACUGUCUGUGCGGCCAGAUGGUUCUGGUGCUGGACUGUCAGCUGGAGAAAUUGCCCAUGAGGCCCCGGGAUAGGUCCCGGGUGAUUGAUGCUGCCAAACAUGCCCACAAGUUUUGUAACACAGAAGACGAGGAAACUAUGUAUCUUCGCAGGCCUGAAGGCAUUGAACGGCAGUACAGGAAGAAGUGUGCAAAGUGUGGACUGCCACUCUUCUACCAGUCCCAGCCAAAGAAUGCUCCCGUGACCUUCAUUGUGGAUGGAGCAGUAGUCAAGUUUGGCCAGGGUUUUGGCAAAACGAAUAUAUAUACGCAGAAGCAAGAGCCUCCUAAGAAGGUGAUGAUGACCAAACGGACUAAAGACAUGGGCAAGUUCAGCUCUGUCACUGUGUCUACUAUUGAUGAAGAGGAAGAGGAGAUUGAAGCUCGGGAAGUUGCUGACUCGUAUGCACAGAAUGCCAAAGUGAUUGAAAAACAGUUGGAGCGCAAAGGCAUGAGCAAAAGGCGGCUGCAAGAGCUGGCUGAACUGGAAGCCAAGAAAGCAAAAAUGAAGGGGACUUUGAUUGACAACCAGUUCAAAUGAUCAGGACCUUUCUCUGAACCCAGACUAGAAACAAGCAUGUAGACCAGAAGGCAAAAAAAUUUUUUUCCUUUCAUUUAAUUUAUUGGGGUGAUUCUGGUUUACAAAAUUAUAUAGGUUUCAGGUGUCCAAUUCUAUAACACAUCAUCUGUAUAUUGUAUUGUAUGGUCACCAACUGAAGUCAAGUCUCUGUCCAUCACCACUGAUCUCCCCUUUACCCUCCUCCACUUCCCCCCGCCCUCCUUCCCCUGGCAGUCACCACACUGUUGUCCAUGUCCACGUGUAAAAGAACUUUUUAUUGACUGCAUGGACUGGCUCCUACCUUUAUGCGCCAGCAAAAGGCUUUAUGUUGCUUCCUACAUUCAGUGAAGUCUUUGAGUCCAUCUGACCUGCUUUCUAGAGGUGAAUUUUAAAAAUCUUUCUAUACUAUUAUAUGUGUCUUCUGUACUAUAUUUGUCCAUUUGAUGUAACUUAUUUAGCUUGACAGAAAAAGUGGCAUGGAUGAGAUUUUAAAGUUACAGUAAGUCAGAUCCUUGUAGGUUACUCUGUCUCUCUUCCUAGACUGGCAGGUGUCACCAUGGCUUGAAUCUCUCCUACUGGGAGAGAAAAUCCAUAAAACGCCAGAAUCUGCAUAAAACUUCCUUUACUUCAUAUAAAAACAAUCCCAUUUACCAUCGCACCAAAAAAAUUAAGCUACCUAGGAAUAAACUUAACUAAAGAGGUAAAAGACCUCUACUCAGAAAACUACAGGACGUUGAAAAAAGAUAUAGAGGAAGACAUAAACAGAUGGAAGAA